AGGAGUUCAUGUAGGCUACUGUUUGCUGUUCAUCAUUUGGCACAGACAAUUAAAACUAAAUCUACAGCCCGAGUCCUCGGAUCACCCCUGACUCUCGCCGCUCUAUGUGAUGUCGCUUCUCGCAUGGGACGUUUUGUGCCGGAUCGCUGAAGGAUGUGUGAACAGGAGCACCUUUCAUUCACAUGGAUCACAGGAUGUGUGUAUGAGUUGAGAUAGAGCUCAGGAAGUGAUGGAGGCAGGGCUGAACUGCAGCUCUCACUGUGAGUCUGGCGUCUGCUUCAUCUAUCCAGGAGUGAACAGUCAGCAGGGCUGGGACGUCCUGCAGAGACUGUGUGCGCUCGCAACGCGGGGUGUGGAUGCACCGAGUCGAUCGCUGUCUCCUGCUCUCCGUGCUGUUGUCUGGACGCUCCUCUCUUGUGGGAUUCUGCUGACGCUCUUCUUCCUCAUUUUCACACUGCGCUUCAAAAACAACAGGAUAGUGAAGAUGUCCAGUCCCAAUCUGAAUGUGUUGACUCUCUGUGGCAGUGUACUCACAUACAGCAGCGGCUUCUUAUUCGCCUUGGAGGAGAGAGCGCCGCUGUCAGGAGCAGGAUCAAACACAGUACAGGCGCGGAUGUGGACACUGUGUAUCGGCAGCUCUCUAGUGUUCGGCCCCAUUCUUGGGAAAACAUGGCGGCUCUACAGAGUGUUCACUCAGCGUGUGCCCGACAAGAGAGUGAUUAUUCGAGACAUCCAGCUGAUGGGUUUGGUUGCUCUGUUGGUCCUUGUGGAUGUUGUUGUUCUAGCAGCAUGGGCUCUGACGGAUCCGAUCAAGUGCUCUCGCUCUAUUAGUGCUAUGGUGAAGGUAGUAGAGCGGGAUGCAUCCUACUCUCUCUCCCAGCUGGACUCCUGCUCUUCUCUCUACUCGGACCUCUGGGUAAUCCUACUUUCUGUGCUUAAGGGCAGUCUCCUCCUGUAUGGCACGUAUCUUGCCGGUCUGACAAGCAAUGUGAGCUUACCUCCAGUAAACCAGUCUGUGACCAUCAUAGGUGCUGUCUGUCUGGUCACCAUGUCGAGUGCUGUGGCCGUACCCGUCUCUCUUUACCUGAACGCCUGGCCCAAUGUGGUCUACAGUGUAGUGUCCGGAGCCAUCUUCAUCUGCACAUUGGCCAUAAACUGUCUAUUGUUUGUCCCUCAAUUGACCCAGUGGAGGCAGUUUGAAGAGGAGACAAACUCUCAUCCCAGUCAAAUGGCCAAAUACUUCAGUAGUCCCAGCAAGACCACACACUCCAUGUACAGCGAGGAUGAGAUCUAUUAUCUACUUGGAGAAAAUGACUCAAUGAAAAGACUCAUCAGUGAGAAGAAUGCCGUUAUUGAUAGCCUACAGGAACAAGUGAACAAUGCCAAGGACAAGCUGCUCAAACUGAUGACUGCUAGCCUCCCCUUGGACGAAGGAGAAAUGGACUCCUCCAACACGAACCUCAACUCCACCUCCACUCAAACCACAGUGGUAUCUCCUAAUUCCCCAACUCUUCUUCUGAUGAAAUACUCAGAAGCUGCUCCCACCAGAGCGCUCGCUCCACCUCCCUAUGUGCCUCCUCCAUCACUUCCCGCUCAUACUACCUCACAGCAAACAUCCUCUGAAGGCCCAGUAGCUAGGGAAGUUCCUCCUCCUUCACCACACCUGAGGUAUUCACCUCCUCAAGACAGCUCUUCCAAUGAGGUUAUGAGUCUGAAUGGAAACACAGAAGAAGUUCCAUCCAUGAACAAUCUCAGAAACUCAGGUCUUGGAAAAGAGAUUUCGGAGAAACCACUAGUCAUGCCUUCGGAUCGAGGCAAAUUAGCACAGGGUUCCCCUCCUCUGGGUCCUGCUACGUAUAGUUCCCCACAGGUUGAGUCUCCAGUGCCAUCGGCUUCUGUUGAGCUUCCCGCCGUGUCACCGACUGGGCGACUGGGUUUUGUAACUAAUGAGCAGCUGGUGGAGAUCUUGCAGGAGCUGAGUGUGGACACUGUAAGAAGCUCCGCCAAGUCCCCCGACCGGGCGCGAAGCCUGUCCCUCAAUCCAGAUGAACUGAGCACGGCUCCUUCUCCUCAAUCUUCUCUACAGUUCUUCUUUCCCACCAUCUCACCCUAUGCCAUGCGUAAACGCAGACCUCCUUUUUACUCCUCAAGAGGUGGACCGCCCCCUUACUAUAUUCCAGGCUCGGUUAAUCCAGGGCGAAGGAGGGAACCAGUACUACCGGACCAUGGAAAGUUGAGGAACGAUGACUCUCAAAGACAAGACUUGUGGCAUGAGGGAAAGAGGAGGAGAAGGGGUGAGAAAGCACAAGAUCGAUGUGGCGCAGGACAGAAGAGUUGGGAAUGUUCUUCUCACAAAUGCUCCAUUACACCUUUUACGGGACAGGUUCCUCAGCCUGCCUCUGCUGGACUAUUAGAGGGGGUUGAACACUCAGAGGAGUCAUAUGAUUACUCAGACUCAGAGUCCAGCAGCUCAGUGGACUACUGUUACUACCAGAGGCCCUACUGCGGGGCCUGCCAUCACCCCUACGACUCCACAGACAGCCUCACCUCAGGGACCUCUGACAGCGAGGAUGAGGACUUCUACAAGUUAGCACAUCCUGCUGUAAACUUUAAAGUGGACCUCAAACCAACCUUUGUAUGAACAGACUGCACAUCCACUAUUUGUAUUUUAAGUGGUGCUCUUUUUGUUUUGUCUGGACCUAAUUUAAUUAUUCAGAUAUACACUGCUGUAAGAAGUUUUUUGAAAUUAGUCUCUAUGCUCAGCAAGGCUGCAUUUAUUUCAAAAUUCUUUAUCAGGAAUACAGUAAAACAGUAUAACUGUAAUAUCAGGAUAUCAGAAUGAUUUCUGAAGGAACAUGUGGCUCUGAAGACUAGAGUAAUGAUGCUGAAAAUUCAUAUAUGAAU